AUGGCACAACUUGAGUGUUUGUCAUUAGAAAACCGGUUGUUUCAUGUGAGUAAGUCUCACCGUUUAGAUGGGCAAUUACCAAGUAUUGGGGAGAUGAAGCCAUUGUUUCAGGAUAAUGCUCUAUUGCGCAAUGUUUACCAACAUGCUUACAGACUUGCAUUGUUUUUUCAAGUGAUUGAUCAUAUCAAUCCCUCUGAACAAGCCGCAGAUCCCUCUCUCAAAACUACCGAUCCACAGUUAUGGCUUCGUCUCGACGCCGUCAUUUUGCAGUGGAUAUACGGAACAAUCUCCAAUGAUCUUCUCAACACUAUCAUCGAACAUAGUUCCACAGCUGAAAUCGCGUGGAAUCUCUUAUUCGACAUCUUUUAUGAUAACAAGAAUUCUAGGGCUCUCUACCUAGAGCAAGAAUUUUCGCAAACUCAUAUGGAGCAAUUCUCUGAUGCUUCCUCCUACUGUCAGCAUCUCAAAUAUCUCUCUGAUCAACUCGCUAAUGUUGAUGCCCCUGUAUCGAAUGAACGUUUAGUUCUUCAACUCAUUUCGGGACUAACCGAUGCAUAUGCGUUUGUGGGAUCUCAAAUUUGUCAUGCUGAUUCACUUCCUCAGUUCUAUAAAGCUUGUUCCAUGAUCAUUUUGGAAGAAACAACACUGGAGAAAAAGGUGUCAAGCUCAUUCGAAAAUUCAUCUUUCAUGGCGACUCACAAUGACGCAUCAGUUAAUUCAUCGGCAUCCCAUCCUAACCGCGAUAACAACAGCAACCACAACCGUGGUGGCCGAAACAAUGGCAGAGGACAGCGUGGAUGA